GCUUGUGACGAAUGUGUCUGCGGUUGCUCGUUCACUUACUCGUUCACUUUUGCUUUGCGUGGCUAUCUUGUUUGGCUGCAAAUGCAGAGUUGUGAGUGAAAGCAGCUGCUGAAAUGUGAAAUCGCCGUUACCGCUAUCAUUGUGGAGCAACACAUUUUGACAGAGGUUUACUCACUGUCAACUUCUGCUACCCUUCCUUGCCUCAGAUGAUUAUCUUUCUAAAAAGGAUGUGAAAGGCACAGCUGGCGGGUGCCACCUGGAGCAUGGCUCCUGGCGGCUGAGCCAUGCUUCUGGAAAGCCUGAGUGCCGUGUCUCCCUGGUGCCAUGCCAGCCAACUCAGCAUCCGGCGCUGCAUGCUCGGGGCACUGGCCCUGGGCCUCUGCUCUCUACUCUUGUCUGUCUAUGUCAUCAACCACAACUCGUUCCGGGGUUUCCUGCGGUCACCCGUGCCACCACGCCCCACCUUCCAAUGCCGCUCUCAGCUUGAUGACAGUGGACCUCGCGAGCAAAGUGCUGCCAAUGUACAUGCCUCCAGUGCGCAGCUCCGCCUUGACCCUCGCGUACUGGUGUUUGUGGAAACACAAUUCUCCAAGCUGGGCAAGCAGAUCUGUGAGAUCCUUGAGGGAAGCCGCUUCCGCUUCAAAGUGGAGACAACGGGCAAGACGCUGCCGGUGCUCACAAACCUGGACAAGGGCAAGUUUGCCGUGAUUGUCUUUGAGAACUUUGAAAAAUACCUCGCCAUGCACAAGUGGAAUAGGGAGCUCAUUGACAAGUACUGCCGAGAGUACAGCGUCGGCAUUAUUGGCUUCAUUCGACCACGCGAGGACACCUAUACAGGUGCACAGCUCUCUGGUCUUCCUUUGUACAUGCACACAAACAUGGCCCUGAAAGACUACCGGCUGAACCCUUUGUCAUCAAUUUUGAGGAUUGCUCGGGCUGGAGAAACAUUUUCUGGCAACUUACCUGGUGAAGAUUGGACAGUGUUUCAGCCCAACCAUUCUACUUUUGUUCCCUUGGCACAGGCCAGGUCACAGCAUGAUGAUAUUGCUGAUGGCAAUGGGCCGCACACUACUGUUGUACAGGACAUAGGGAGAUUCGAUGGCAUCCAGAGGGUUAUUUUUGGAAAUGGCUUUGGAUUCUGGUUGCACAAAUUGCUAUUCUUGGAUUCAAUUUCCUUUCUCUCACAUGGCAAGCUGAGUCUGCCCCUGCAGCGCUACCUUCUCAUAGACAUCGAUGACAUCUUUGUGGCUGAGCGGGGCAGUCGCAUGAUGACCCAUGAUGUGCAGGCACUACUGGAUGCACAGCAACAGUUCCGGAAAUUAAUUCAUGGCUUCCGCUUCAAUCUUGGCUUUUCUGGCAAAUUUUACCAUCGUGGAUCACACGAGGAAAAUAAAGGCGAUGACAUGCUGCUCUCUCAUGCCCACGAAUUCUGGUGGUUUUGUCACAUGUGGAGCCAUAGCCAGCCUCAUCUUUAUGACAAUGUGACACUACUAGAGACUGAAAUGAGGCUCAAUCGUGAGUUUGCCAAGAAGCACCGUAUCCAGACAGACUCUGGCUAUUCAGUAGCACCUCAUCAUUCCGGUGUGUACCCUGUUCAUGAGCCCUUAUACGAUGCCUGGAAGAAGGUCUGGAACAUACGUGUAACCAGCACUGAAGAGUACCCACACCUUAGGCCAGCUAGGCUGCGCCGGGGAUUUGUCCACCGUAACAUAAUGGUACUGCCAAGACAGACGUGUGGCCUUUAUACUCAUACCAUCUUCCUUGAGCGAUAUCCAGGUGGCAGAGAAAAAUUGGACAGAAGCAUUCAUGGUGGUGAUCUGUUCUACUUGUUUGUUUACAAUCCGAUCAACAUCUUUAUGACCCACCUGUCAAACUAUGGAAAUGAUCGUCUCUCUUUGUAUACCUUUGAAACUGUCUUGAAGUUCAUAAAAUGCUGGACUAACUUGAAGUUGAGCACCAUUCCACCACUUCAGUUGGCGGAGAAGUAUUUCCAGAUGUACCCUGAUGAGACAGACCCUAUCUGGAUGAAUCCUUGUGAAGACAAACGCCAUCUGUCAAUCUGGUCAUCAAGCAAGUCAUGUGAACAACUGCCAAAAUUUCUAGUCAUUGGUCCCCAGAAAACUGGUACAACUGCACUGUAUACUUUCUUGACCUUACAUCCAACAAUAGCAAGCAAUCACCCCAGCCCAGACACAUUUGAGGAAGUGCAGUUCUUCAAUGGGAAAAAUUAUUACAGGGGUCUUGACUGGUACCAAAGCUUUUUCCCAGCACCUAAGAAUGGAAGUGCACCCUUUCUCUUUGAGAAGAGUGCGAAUUACUUCGAUGGGGAGCUGGUGCCUCAGCGUGCCCAUGCCCUCCUGCCUCGUGCCAAGCUGGUGACCAUCCUCAUCAGCCCCACAAAACGGGCGUAUUCCUGGUAUCAGCACCAGCGGUCCCACGGUGACACAGUUGCCCUCAACUUUACUUUCUAUGAUGUGAUCACAGCCAAUGACCACUCCCCCAAGCCUCUACGGGAGUUACGUAAUAGGUGUCUCAACCCUGGUCUUUACGCACAGCACCUAGAACGUUGGCUCAGUUUCUACCCACCACAACAGCUUAUGAUUAUUGAUGGAGAAGAACUGAAGUCUGAUCCAGUACGUGUUAUGAACAAGCUCCAAACAUUCCUUGCCAUCACCCCAUUCUUCGAUUACAGUGGAUCACUGAGGUUCGACCCCCACAAAGGCUUCUUCUGCAAAGUGCUCUCCCAGAACAACCGCACCAAGUGCUUGGGACAGGGCAAAGGGCGCCUUUAUCCAGCCAUGGACAUUCGGGCUGAGAAGUUCCUCAAGGCCUACUACCUGUCACACAAUGUGGCUCUCUCCAAGCUGUUCAACAACCUCAGGCAACCUCAGCCCCAUUGGCUCAAAGAAGACCUUUCACGGGGAUGAGUCUGUUUGCUUCUUCUGUUUGCCAUUUUUGCCCUUAUUAAAGGGCAUGACAAAGUCAGGCUCUUCCCCUGGCCUAGCAAUGCAUCAUGGAACACUGUGCCAUAGUACCACUUGUGCCAGCAAGCUUGACUGCCUUGUGGAAAUUAAUAGAAAAGAGGCACAGAGGUCUUUUGCGCUCCAUGUCAUCCUGACAUUUACCAGGAGUUUUCAUGACGCUGUAUAAACUAAGAUGCUAUACGGAAAUUUCUUCAUGAAAUAGACCAGGGUCUUAUUCUUGGGCCAUUUGCCACUUGGUCUUUGUUUUUGAAGUGGAAAGAAAGAGCACAUACUUUUUCAGUAUUUUUGGAAAGGGUGAAAAAAAAGGAAGGAAUGGCUUCCUCCCUGAUUCAGCAUUGCUGAAGGAGAGGUGCAGUUGCUAUAAUCAGCUGACAUUUAUGUCUGCAUCUGCUCUUUGCACUUUUUUAUUCUUUAAGUUCUCACCUUGGUAUAAUUGGUGUUCAGACUUCAUUAAUGCACCAUUCAGCAGUCGCCCUGGUAUUCUUAAGUUGAGAUUUUCAUAAGUAGCUUAUCAUUAUGCCGAGCUCUAUUCACACAUAAGUUGAGAAAGUUUGGUGCUUUGAGUAGCGUAAAUCCUCUUUUCGUAACAACUACCUAUUGUCUGUGAAAAGUUUGGGUCCUGAUGUCCCUGCAUUUUAUAAGGACUAAAUUGUUCGUAUAGGUUCUCGUAUACAAGAAAUGUCUGUGGGCUUGCCAUUAGGAGCAGGAGUGUCCACUUUAGCCUAACUAAAUGUGUGGUGCACUGGCACCUCUCUCACAAAAGAAAUUGCUGAUGCUCCUUGCCAAAGGCCUUGAGACCAGCAGCGCCUGGUGGAACAUUGAUGUUGUUUGUACCUCUGUGCCGUGUGCUCCAUUUGUGAAUGCUGUGCCAGCUAGGGCAACUGAUUGCUGCUGAUAUUUUUUGGACGCAUGCCAUGUGUCCUGAAGUGUGUGAUUCUCCUUGCAGACAUUUUAUAUACACAGUGGGAAAACACCUUUGCUCACUGGGUGUUCCUCUUCUGCCAGUUAGUUGGCUUCGCUUUGCAGAUGGCUUUUCAUAGGUGGCUCAAACAUGGUUUGCUCCUAAGUAUUGAAAACCUGGAGCAAUAUGUUACCUUUUCUUUCUUUUACUGUUACAUGUACAUUUAUGCUCAGUUUAUAUAAAUUACGUCAGUCUUUUAGCAUCAGACUGGAUUAAGUAAUGAGAAAUUGUGGAGCUGAGACAGAAAGCAACUUCAGUGUCAUAUGUAUAUGUGGAUGCUGUAAUAGCCUGAAAGCCGUACUGAGCCAAUUUAUUUUCAUAAUAUUUUAUGGGUAUAUUCCGAUUGACAUUUCUUUUGUCUGUGCGGUGGUUGAAAAAAAAAUGUACAUACAAAAGAUGUCGAACUUGUAGUCCAUAUAUGUAAAUAUUUUGCUAUGUCGCUUUAGUUUUGCAGAAACAUUCACAAGCAUUUUGCAGAUCAAACUCUCUUUUCUAUAGUUAUUGUGUUUUGCCUUCUACUCAAAUUACACACUCCAACGACGUAUGCAUUGCACUACUCACUGCAGCAAUUUUGCAGUUAACUUUGCAGUUAAUGCUUUAUGUUUCAUGUGACUCAAUUUGAAAUCAAAGAGCUAUUCGAAGCUAUAUGUGCUUUAUUGAGCACAAUACAGUCAAAACAUGCCUACAUUGGAAUAAAAAUAAAAAUAUACAAUGUAUCUAGUAGAACCUCGCUGCUAUGUUUCUGAGGGGAGGAUGUUUAAGAAAAAUUAUUCAGAUAAGCAUGUGAUUUGAAGCCACUAAGAGGAAUAAUAGAGCUAAGACCUAGUACAAGGGUGUUUACCCCUGUACAGCCAAACCCACUUAUCAUCAACCUAUCUUUAGGUCUACUGCAGGACGAAGGCCUCUCUCAGUGAUCUCCAAUUAUGCCUGUCUUGCACUAGCUGAUUUCAACUUGCACCUGCAAAUUUGCCUAACUUUGUCACCCCACCUAAUUUUCUGUCAUCCUCAACUGCACUUCCCAUCCCUUGGCACCCAUUCUAUAACUCUAAUGGUCCACUGGUUAUUUGCCUUGCACGUUACACAGACUGCCAAACUCUAUUUUCUUCUCCUAAUGUCAACUAGAAUAUCGGCUAAUUGACACAGGUAGUUUAACCCAUUUAUAUCAUACUUAUAUGCCAAGAAAAUCACAUUGUUAUAACUGGUAAUUGUUAUAAUCGGGAUGUACAAAAGAAACAGGUGGCAAGCAUUCAAGCAUUUUAACUAGACAGAAAGAAGUACUAUAUUUACUGGCAUAACUUCAGCACCCUUUUUUCUUACUUUAGCACUUCGAAAAGGGGGUGCACAAAUCACGCGAAAAUAUUGUAAACACGUCCUAAAUGUCUACAGUGUACCCUCGGUUAUACGUCCUCGGAUUUUCAACGUCCCUGGUUUUACGAGAGAUUAACGCAGUCCCGGUGAACUCCCCACCCAUGCGAAACUGCAAAACUGAAUGAAUGAGAAGCUCCGCCAGUUCCCAGCAGCUCCCUCACAGCACCGUCCCCUCCAUUAGGAAGGGGAGAGUGCCCCUUCACAUGCGGAAAGCUCCGACUGAUUUAUGGGUUCCUUCCUUGUCUCCUUUUUUCCUUCCCUCGUAUUCGCUGCCAUCGCACUGUUCAUUUCCCUUCCCUCUCUUUACGUCACUCAACUGCCUCCCCCUUCUUUGCCACCUGGUUGCACAUUCUCUGUUUCGGCAUUUUCUCUCAGCAGUGCCUGCUCGUGUCACCGGAUGCAUUCGUGUAUACAACCGACAGUAUUUUGAGCACUGUGCCAAGCUCGCUAACUUCGUACAGCGCCAAGAACACUGUCAGCCGCACACUUCAACAUGUCUUGGGUGUCCAGUGCCGAGUCUCGCGCGAGUGAAACUAUAUCCAAAAGCAAAAGCCCGAGAAUACCCCCCUAGCACGUAUAGAAGGCACGAGAGCAUGUGCAAGAAUCGAACCCAUUACCCACCGGAAGGCCUGCAGAUUGUGUCGGAUACGCGUGUUAACACAUGCAGUUCAGAGCUUUGUAUGCACGCGAGCACACAGGACUUCUCACGCAUAUGUCGUUAGGUUUCUGGUUUCACGUGGGUAGUCGUAUCAUGCCGAUACUGCUGGCUGCUUACGAGCUUGUGCUGAUGGGCUGCUGCGGGGCAGGACAGGGAGCACAAAAUACACUAGUAAGUUUUUUUCGUUUUUUUUUCAAAAACCAGGGUGAUAAUUUAUGGGCGUGCAAAUAACCUAACCAGUUUUAACAUUACUCAGGUGUAACAAUGAGCAGCAGCUGUACCUUCAACUUUUGUGUGUCCUAUGGUUAAAUAAACCGCUUGUUCUCAUGCCGCAUUAUUGGCUAUAACAAUUUAAUCUGGCUACUUGGAGUCUGCACGUUUGUGCCACGCACCCUGCACGGCAUGUUAUUGUCAGUGCUCUCUUGUCUCCCUUCCACCCCUCUGAAGUCAGCUAUAGGGUGAAAAUUAGACUGGAGAGGUGCAUGCGAUGUCGGCAAUAUGACGCAUGCCAUACGGGAUGCGCAGCUCAAAGGUGAGUGUGAAAAAGCGACUCGCACUUUUUGUGCUUUUCCUUUUGCAAGAAUUUUGCAUUCCAUUUCCUUUCGGCGCACACACCCAGUAGCCAGAUUUAAUGGUUAUAACCGACAAAGUGGCAUGAGAGCAUUGUAAUAAGCGGUUUAUUUUACCAUAGAACACAUACAAAACUUGACGGUGCAUUGACUGCUCAUUGUUAUAUGCAAUAUACCCUAUUGUUAAAACCGGUAUCGUUAUAAGUGGGUUCGACUGCAUUCAGAAAUACAUAUUUAAGCCGAUGCUUGAUUUGAACUAAAUAAUGCACGUCGUGAUUGUGCCUAAUACAGCACCGCCAGUGUCUUGAGCACGUUCUUGCCAGGCGUCAUUUAAAUGAAUGCAAGCAUGUGCUACAGUUCAGGAUGCACUUCAGAAUAGUACUAGGGUUAAUGAUGUCUUCACUCAUUCAAAAUAUAUUGGUUACCUUCUACAGGCACAUGUUCCAACUUGUUGAGAGGAGAGUUUGUUUUAAGAGGCCAUGAAUAUGGUCUGCCAUCCUUAGCGUGCAAGAAACUACACAGCUGUCAAAACCUGCAACUGCCUGAGUGAGAGCAGCUGCUGCAGUAACUUCUUUCCUGCCACUGUCAUUGCAAUAGAAGACUUCACCUUCUUGCAUCUCUGACAUGAUUUCUGCCAAACUUUAGGGUUGUGCUCUGGGAUGUUGAUAACUUUCUUACAAUUAAGCCAACUUACGCUGCUUUGGGUCACAAGAAAUGUUUGCUAUAAGAGAGGUUCAUUGCACUUGCCCUUGACCCAACAAAACACGAACACCACUCCACAUCAAAGAAAAUUAAAUCAACUUGUCCACAUUUAUUUCUGGCCAUGGAAAAUAUAUUGGUUAAUUAUUAAUUACAGUUAAUUAAUGAGUCAUUGAUUUGCAUAACAAUCUACAACUGAAAACUCCCUUCAGCAUAUCAGAAAUGCCAGUAUGGGCUCUACGUCAAGAUUCCAGCACUUAAAUCAGAGCCUUUAGGCAUCAAAUUCAGCAUAUCAAAAAUGAUUAUGUACGGCUUCGUGGUGUUAAAACAACCCUUGAGGGAGUUGUUAGAUUGUAUGAUUGUUUCACAUGUGAAAAUAAUGCACAGAGUGAUCUUUUGCCAAAAACGUUAUUUUUUUGCUUAUGGUAUUACAUUGCUUAUGUUAAUUCUUUUGCUUUAAAACAUGCUUAAUUCUUGUUAGCAUAGAAAAAUGACCAUUUUUCAGGAACCAAGAAAAAAAGCUUCUCUUCUUUUUUUUUUUGUCUCCAUAGACAAGGUUACAGCAUAUAAUGUUGUAUGAUAAAUUGUAUAAAUCUAGUUGUUUUCCAUAACCUGCAAGAAAGAAACCUGUAGUAAGUAAUGAAAAAACAUUUAUGAAGCCAGCAUAUUCAUAGCCACUUAAAAAUCUCUCUCUCUCUCUCUCUCUCUCUCUAUAUAUAUAUAUAUAUAUAUAUAUAUCAACAAAAUAUGUCAAAAGAUAUUCAGAAUAUAAGUUUCAACAACAAAUGUUCCAAGAACAGUAACAUACUGAAAUCUGUGAUUGAAUUCUUCAAUCACCAGCGAUCAGUUAGAAUAGGCGUGCAUGGCAGCAAAAGAGUUCACUACAGAUUAGAAAUGUUGUGGGUUCAUUCCCACCGCAACCAGACAGCCACUGGUUUAAAUGGGCACAAGCAUACCCCAGCCUCACGUUCGGCAUUCUUCAGGGGUGAUACGCUUGGGAACGGAGCCUGCCCCCUAAAUUCCUGUCGAAACCUUCGCGAGCACACAAAAAAAGGAGGUUUGGGCCACUCCUAUGGCAGCCAUUUCCCAUGUGGCAUCUCAAGGCACCUCUUAGGUGGGGAUGCCCUUGUGUUGGGACAAACUCCCCUUUUCAAGCAUUGAGGUCCCCUAAUUUCCAAGCACCUAGCCAGGAGCGCACUUGUGCCUAUUUUACCAGUAUGUACCCAGCGGCAGCACUAUUCUGCCUCCCACAGCUCCAGUGGAUGCCCUUCAACAAGGCUGUCUGGGAUUAGACAAAGGGCACUCGCAGACCAUCCACAUGAUCCCUAUACGCCCCUUUUCGAGAUGCGAACCCCCACAGGUAGCCGCGCACCAGACUGGGGGACAUCUCUACCCAUUAGAAAAACCACUGGGUUUCCACUGGCACCAGGGUUUGAACCCAUUCAAGGCAGAUGCACUACCACUAGGCUAUCACUGCUGUGAACUAGUUGGUACAUAUCUACUCGAAUGCUUGGGGACAGUGUGAAACUGUGGGACAAGAUUAGACUGCACGAGCACAGUCUUGUCUGUGCUCGUGUUGUCCCUCUAAACAUUCAGCGUGCAAGGAAGGCAACCAUGAAAGUUCAAACAAUCUCUAGUGUGUUUAGGACACCCCCUACCUCCAGACCCCCCCGCCCAGUGCACUUAACAUGCUUUUCCUCUCAUUUUCAAGUGCACAAGCUAGGAGGGCUUCCUUCACACCCCUUGAUUUGCACGUUGGGUAGUUGUGAUGAAAUUGUGCCGCAGUUUUGUCUGCCUGUUUUAUCCGAACUGGCACAGCAGUCGUGUCAUUGUAUGGAGGCGGGGGGGGGGGGGGCAGUCUGUAGUAGGCUCCUUACAGAGAUUUUUGGUUAAAGAAGACUUCUUUUUAUUAAGUGAAAAUUCACUUAAAGGGGGCUGUUAUAAGUGGCACAGUAAAACAUGCCAUCUGUCACUCCUGGAACAUACCAUCUAAUCAACAUUUGGGGAAAUUUGGAAAUUGUGUCAUCAGGAUCAUAGGGACAGGCAAAGAAAUAGGGGUAUUUUGGCAUGCCCUAUUAUGUGCCUGUGAACCCCAAAAAUUCUGUACAUGUCAGCGAGGUUCUACUUUUGGUAAACAAAAGUGGGGAAAGUUAUUGACAAAGAAGUACAUUGGAGUUAGUGACCUGCUUUCAUGAACUACUUAAAUGGAGUUGUGGAGAAAAAUAGUCAUGUACAUGUAUUCAUUUUUGUUAAUGUUUGUGUCAUUGAUAUUAUGUUUUUCUGUCGCGUGUGUGGUCUCGUAAAGUUGAUCUUGUCAUACACUUGCAUGGGUCCCAUAUUAUCGUGGAGCACUGGGGUAAUAUUGGGGUUAGUUAUGAUCUGUUGCUUUGCUCAUGUUGUUGGCAUCUAAUACACAGGCAGAGGCUGCCAGUAACUUUCCUACUGGUUGUACCAUGGCACCACUGAAUCUGUUGGAGCAAGCCAGGGUAGCUGUGCAACCUAAAUGUGUGGUGGCAACAGAAGAGCAAAACACGUUGCUUUCUAGUGAAUCAUGGAGAAAGAACAGAUUGCAUUUGUGAAAGCAAUAAAAAGAAAGAAUUACUGACAGGCUACAUGACCUGGAUGGUGAUAUAAUUACUUCCACAGUAUGGAAUACACAUUCUCAACAUUAUAAUGGUUUCUUAAGAGUGAUAUGUCAGAACUAGCUGCUAUUUUUGUUUGAUGCAUAGUUUCUUACGCUUUUGCUGGUUCAUGCAGCUAUGGGUACUUCAACAACUGUGUUAUUUAAUUGGGAUGAUUAAGGAUAUGGUUGGUAUUCAAGCUUGAGGGCAACUUUCUGAGGACUUGGUUGUGGGAAAAGUGUGAGGGCUGUCCUCACAUAACAAAUCUCAACAUCUAAAAUUUUUCCUCUGUUUCUGUAGUGAUAUUUCUUUAUCUUUUAAUUCAAAUUAGUAAUUUAAGGAAGGAAAACUGUCUCCAAUUUUGUUGUUGGUGCUCCUAAUAUAUGGCAUAAACAAUUCUGCUGCAAUAAAGUAGUUUUUUUUUUUAACUGUGUUUAUAA